CGCGCAGUGCAUUGUGGGAUUCAAAAUGGAGUUUGUUAUCAAGAUGUCAGCUGAAACGUCCCGUCUUGGACUUAUUUAACGAAUUGUAUUUAAUUGUCUAGUUGCUGUUUUUCGCACACGUAACAAUGCACUGUAUGGGAUUGGUUUGUUUCGCUAGGGCCGCGGUUGGUCCAAACUCUUUUCUUCGACUCUACUCACGCAAUUUCAAUACUAGAAAAUGUUCCGAACGCCGGUACCAGUGGACAGGUGCUUGGUGCCGAGCAGGAUGGACCAACAUCAAUAAUUACAGUCAGGAAGCACGUAAGAAUGAAUUGGGACAGUAUGUUUGCUAUCAUCUUCCACACAGGACCUUAAUGAAAGUUCAAGGGCAAGAUACAAGAUCGUUUCUUCAAGGUAUUGUAACCAAUGACAUGGAGCUCUUUGCAAAAGAGGAACAGAACGUUUUGUAUGCGCACAUGCUGAACGUUCAAGGAAGGACACUGUAUGACAUUAUCAUAUACAGGUUGAAAGUAGCAGAAGCGGGUUGUGGUGUUCUGGUCGAGUGUGACACCACCAUAAAGGACGUAAUUUUGAAACAUUUGAUGGUGUACAAAAUCCGCCGGCAGGUGAAGAUCAGCACCUGUCCAGAGCUUUCUCUAUGGGCUGUGUUGCCUCAGGGAACAGCCCCAGGCCACAAGAGGCCUAAGCCAGAUCUCACUGCCCCAGAAAAAGCUCUGAUGUGGGAGGAAGAUCCGAGAACUGAAGCCAUGGGCUGGAGGUUGGUGGUGGACAACAAAGUCGAUCCUCUGGAAAUGAUUCCAUGGUGUCAGCAAGGCAACUCAGAAGAGUACCACAGGCACCGCUAUGCAAUAGGACUUCCUGAGGGGGUGAAGGACCUUCCUCCCGGGGUGGCUCUUCCUCUGGAGUCCAACCUGGUCUACAUGCAGGGCAUCAGCUUCAGUAAGGGCUGUUACAUUGGCCAGGAGUUGACCGCCAGGACUCAUCACACCGGGGUGGUGCGGAAGCGCCUAAUGCCUGUACGCAUGUCAGCACCAGCCGAAGGCCUGGAGGAAGGAGUAUCGCUACAGACCCAGUCUGGCAAGCCAGCCGGGAAGCACAGGACCGGGGUUGGAGAGCUGGGCCUGAGCUUGAUCCGCCUGGCUCACGCUAAAGAGCCACUGACACUCAAGGCGUCAGAGGACACCACAGUGACUCUAGAGGCCUCUGUGCCAGACUGGUGGCCCAAAGACACUAAAGCAAAAUGAGGAUAGAGGUAUUUAUUGACCCCAAAUAUUGAAAUUGCUUUAGAUAGACUCUGAAAUUAUAAUUUGCCUAUCUUCCUUGAAACUAUGCUGUUUGCCAGUGCACCACAAUUUACUAGCUAUUGUCAGAAAUAUUAAUAUGCAUCUCUGGUGUAAUAAACAUAUAAGGACACAAA